AUGCUCAAGGUGCUGGAAGACUUGCCCGAUUGGACCGGUUCGACGUCUAGCAACAUAACGUACCCCAUUUAUGUUCUCGUCCUCGCUCCCACGCUCGACGACGGCGCCGAAGAUCAAGAUACAGUUAGACGGCCAGCCCAGCCGCUAGCUACCACGCUAGCAAUGUGCACCGGAUACUCGGUCCAGGUGGUCUGCGGACAUACCCUCAUGCAUUUCGCGACGCGCUGCCUCAAGAACUGCGCUGCCCCAGAAGGGCCCGUCAGUUUCAUCCACGACACGUGUGCAAAAUGUCACCCGGAAUUUGUCAUGAAAAAUAUUCGCGAGCGGUACUACACUGAACGCGAAAGGAUCAUGGCACGCUACCGUCACGCUGUCAGCUACAAUCUCGGCGACGAAGCCGAAAGGUUGACUCAAGUUCUCGAGGACCUAGAGGAUACUUGCAGAAAGAAUAUUGCCGCUGCAAAGUUCUUUAGUAUAGGCCUCCAACCGGACGAGGUUAUCUUCCCUGGAAACCCUGAGCAAGAGUAAGGCGUCUCCAGCCCCCGUCUGUUCCUCCAACCUUUGCAUGCAAGUGCUGAAAUCUCCGGGCCCGAUAUUCCACCAAUGACGAAUGUAAAUAAUACACAGUUUACCUACCUACCCUGUCUCUUAACCCCAAUGCUUCGCUAUAUGAGUUUUUACCUAAAUAUUCUAAUAAUAGAGAUAUUUCCACUUCACCUGCCUUGAUGGCCCCUGACAACUCACACUAACAUGGAAGACGGCGGGACCCUAAAUUCAUGCUACCCGGGUAA